CCGGAGGGAUGGGGGGUGGGAAACGGACCGGAAGUGACGAGAGCGAGUUCCGGUUGGCCGGACCCCAGCGGCGGGUGUGAGAGUCGGUCAGGAGCCGCUUCCAGGAUACUGAGAUCCGGAGAAGCCGGGGUCAGAGCGGCUCCUCAAGAGUUACUGAUCUAUGAAAUGGCAGAGAAUGGAAAAAAUUGUGACCAGAGACGUGUAGCAAUGAACAAGGAACAAUAUAAUGGAAACUUCACAGACCCUUCUUCAAUGAAUGAAAAGAAGAGGAGGGAUCGGGAAGAGAGGCAGAAUAUUGUCCUGUGGAGACAGCCACUUAUUACCUUGCAGUAUUUUUCUCUGGAAAUCCUAGUAAUCUUGAAGGAAUGGACCUCAAAAUUAUGGCAUCGUCAAAGCAUUGUGGUAUCUUUUUUAUUGCUGCUUGCUGUACUUAUAGCUACGUAUUGUGUUGAAGGAGCACAUCAACAGUAUGUGCAACGUAUAGAGAAACAAUUUCUCUUGUAUGCCUACUGGAUAGGCUUAGGAAUUUUGUCUUCUGUUGGGCUUGGAACAGGGCUGCACACCUUCCUCCUUUAUCUGGGUCCACAUAUAGCUUCAGUUACAUUAGCUGCUUAUGAAUGCAAUUCAGUUAAUUUCCCUGAACCACCUUAUCCUGAUCAAAUUAUUUGUCCAGAUGAAGAGAGCAUUGAAGGAACCAUUUCUUUGUGGAGCAUCAUCUCAAAAGUUAGGAUUGAGGCCUGCAUGUGGGGUAUCGGUACAGCAAUUGGAGAGCUGCCUCCAUAUUUCAUGGCCAGGGCAGCUCGCCUCUCAGGUGCUGAACCAGAUGAUGAAGAGUAUCAGGAAUUCGAAGAAAUGCUGGAACAUGCAGAGACUGCACAAGACUUUGCUUCCCGGGCUAAACUGGCAGUUCAAAACCUAGUACAGAAGGUUGGAUUUUUUGGAAUUUUGGCCUGUGCUUCAAUUCCAAAUCCUCUAUUUGACCUGGCUGGAAUAACAUGUGGACAUUUUCUUGUACCUUUUUGGACUUUCUUUGGUGCAACUCUGAUUGGAAAAGCAAUAAUUAAAAUGCAUAUCCAGAAAAUCUUCGUUAUAAUAACAUUCAGCAAACACAUAGUGGAGCAGAUGGUGGCUUUCAUCGGUGCUGUCCCCGGCAUAGGUCCAUCUCUGCAGAAGCCAUUUCAGGAAUAUCUGGAGGCCCAGCGGCAGAAGCUUCACCACAGAAGUGAGAUGGGCACACCGCAGGGAGAAAACUGGUUGUCCUGGAUGUUUGAGAAGUUGGUCGUUGUAAUGGUGUGUUACUUCAUCCUGUCCAUCAUUAACUCCAUGGCACAAAGUUAUGCCAAACGAAUCCAGCAGCGGUUGAACUCAGAGGAGAAAACCAAAUAAGCAGAAAAAGGUUCUAAUGGCAGAAAUUAGAAAUGAGUUCUGCCUUAAAUUGGGAGGACUCCAAACCAGGAAGGAAAAUACCCUUUUCCACCCUAUAUCAAUUUAAAAAAAAAAUGUUUUGUUUUGUUUUCUGAAAACAGUUUAGUCCAUAUUUUGCACUGACACACUUUUCCUUUGUGUGUUAAGGUAAGGUAUCCACCCUCAAUUCAAUCCAGCUUGUGUUUUAUUCAGGUGGAAUGUGAUGUUCAGCAGCGAACUUAACAGAAACCGGGCUUUUCUUUGUUACUUUCAGAAGGCCCACAUGGUACAAGUAAAGAAUUCCGGACACCAAAAACUAGUUCCUAAGUAUGUUGAGUAUGUCAAGCCUUUUAGGCUUGUCAGAAAUGACUCCUUUGUUUUUCUAAGUCAUUAAAGUGUGUAUAAAUUAUACUAGAUUGGAUAACGGUCUUGCAUGUCUAUCAUGGUAAAAUUUAUUUAAUCCUGCCCAACCCUUCCUCUCCUACCUUAAAAAAAAGGCCAUCUUAUGAUGCAUUGCACACCCUCUUGGGAAACUGAUCUUUAAAUUUUGAGACAGUAUAAGAAAAUUCUGAUUGGUGUCUCACGAAUGAGCUGGCACCAUUUUUUAUUCUGUAUAUUUAGAAUGAAGUCAUGAACAAACUUUAUAAAGACAUCUUUGAUCAUUCCAAAA